UGACGUGGCAUUACGCAAGCGCAGAGCCGACAGGGCUUCCUGACACCCGACGACGAGCAUCACACCGAAAAAACUUUAGACAUUAGGAUUUAUUCCGUAGUUUUAGCUGAUCUGUGUCUUUCAUCAUGGGUCUGACCAUCUCAUCGCUCUUUAGCAGGCUGUUUGGAAAGAAACAGAUGAGAAUUCUCAUGGUGGGGCUGGAUGCUGCCGGCAAAACCACAAUACUGUACAAACUCAAACUAGGAGAAAUUGUGACCACCAUUCCAACCAUAGGUUUUAAUGUAGAGACUGUUGAAUACAAGAACAUCUGCUUCACCGUGUGGGAUGUUGGCGGUCAGGAUAAGAUUCGUCCUCUCUGGAGACACUAUUUUCAGAACACACAGGGUCUGAUCUUUGUGGUGGACAGCAAUGACAGAGAGAGAGUGGCAGAAUCUGCAGAGGAGCUUUCUAAAAUGUUGCAGGAAGAUGAACUGAGGGACGCCGUGCUGCUCGUUUUCGCAAACAAACAGGAUCUGCCUAAUGCCAUGGCUGUCAGUGAACUCACAGACAAACUUGGGCUGCAGAGUCUACGCAGUAGAACGUGGUACGUCCAAGCGACCUGCGCUACACAGGGCACUGGACUCUAUGAAGGACUGGACUGGUUAUCCAAUGAGCUCUCCAAGCGCUAACGGGCCUGUUAGGGGUGAGAUGGAGAAAUGUUUUGAAGGACCUUCCUUUGCUAUGGCCUUUUCGGUUUCUCAGAAAGUCCUCAUGCAAAACCAAAAACACUGGAGUCCCUGUUUAGCGAGCAGGGUUAUUGGUUUUGCUUUAGUCUGCUCUGCAUUGUUUAUCUGAGAAUUUGUUGUCAAGCUCACUGGAGAAUCUCUGGGGUUAGUUAUAUUUCAGAACUGGACUUUACAUGUGGAGUCGUUUGGCGAAUCAAAGCCAUGCCUGUUUCGUCAAUCCUUAUAGAUAUGCAAUGCUGUAAAGUUUGUUACAUUGCAUUAUCCGCUGUAGUGGCGUGGAGUCCUGUGGUCCUUCUAAACAUUAUCCUUGUCUGCAUGAGUCUUUUAGAGUUUACUUCUGGAUCUUGGUUGAAAUUCCCCUCAUCAACUGCACAUGGCAUGAAUGGCAUGAAAAGGUUAAGUUUCUUUUACUAGGUUAGUUUUCCCCCCACUAUCUAUUGUUGUUUGUGGCAAAUGUUUGAGUGACCCAGAUCACUGGUUUUUACUCUAGGUCAGAGUCAAAGGGAACAUGAAGUCCUUUAGCCACAACGAUGCAAUGAAGUUCUUUCCAUUUCUAAUUUAAAGUUGUACCUGAUUGACGUGUUUUAUGUUUGUCAUGCCACGUGAAAUGUUUCGCUCAGGCGUGUUUCUUGAGCUUAUCAUUAUUUGUGUCUGAAUCUGACUGCUGAAUGCAGGUUUAAUGUAUUGAUGAAUUCCAUGUCUGAUUGAAAUGGUUUGCUUUCCUAAACUGAUGUGUAACAGAUACAGUCUAUUUUACCCUAUUAUCAUGACAAAUUUGUUUGUGUAUUAUAUGUAUCAUAUUGUUUUAGAAUAAAACAUAAUCGUGAACUUA